CAUCACACCGCCAAACAACACGUGGAAGCAGGUCACCACCCGUUCCGUACCAUGCAGUCCAAUUCGAACAUUCGGCACAGUGGACUUAACAAUGGCCAUAGUCACAGCCCCCCCUGCCAGGGCCCUCACGCCACGCGGUCUCCAGGAGAGGAACCUUGCCAGCACGGAGGGGACGUUCACAUCCAAAUGACCUCGGCGGUCGGGGAGCCAGAGGCCAACGCUGGCUGCCGACAACAUUCGCGGUUGGGGACUCAGAGUUGGCCACACGGCCAGACGCCCGGCGAAACCAGAAGCGGUAACUCGGGGGGUUCGUCCGCGGAAGAACAAAGAGACAGUUCUCUCUCGGAACUCAAAUACCUCCUUCAGUGGCUGCACAAGAGCAUCCCGUACAUCUUGAUUUUGUCCAUCAAAAUUCUCGUGCAACAUAUCAUUGGCAUAUCUCUGGGAAUUGGGCUGCUCACAACUUUUAUGUAUGCAAACAAAGCCAUUGUAAAUCAGGUUUUCCUAAGAGAAAGGUGCUCCAGGCUACGAUGUAUGUGGCUGCUAUUUUUCCUGACGGGAUCAUCUGUUUUCAUCUAUUACACCUUCUACUCUCAGUCGCUUCAUUACAGGUAA